AUGCCAAUUCAUAAACCAUAUGCAAGUUAUAUAUGUUCAUGGAAGGCAAAAUCACCAGUUAUUCAAUUACACUUGGCUUUACUAGAAAUUGAUUCAUUUCAAGAAACCAACAAACUAGACAAAUCUUAUAAUAACAAUAAAUCUGUUGGAUUACCAAAAUUUCGAUAUAAAUAUUCAGAACAAAAAUUGGCUUUGUACUUGGUACAGGGUGGGCAAGUUUUUAUCCCUCUUAGAGUUUUAGGAGGAAUUGAAAAAAUCAGUGAUAGAAUUAAUUAUAAUUGGAAUUCAGAGUACACAGUUGGAAAGAAAAAAGUAAUUACUGGAAACAUGAAAAGUGCAAAAUCAAUUACUUUAUAUAUGCAUAAAGAUGUAUCAGAACAAGAAAUUGAUAUAGCAGGAUUACACAUAAAUUAUAUGAUAAAAGCUAGAAAAAAUAAAUCUUACUCAAAUUGGAAAGAAGAACAAUUAAUUAUAAAGUUACAUCAUAGCAACACUGAUGAAAUCAAAAACUAUCUCAUCACCAAUUCCUACAAACUUUCCAAUCUAACAAAUUUAAUAGAAAAAUCAUACAAUUUUGCUACAGGUACAAUCAAACAAUUAAAGUAUAAAGAUUACUUUAAUAACUUUGUUAAAAUAACAAAUGAUUUAGAAUUUCAAAUUGCUAUUUCAAUCUAUAAAAUUGAUAAAAAAAAACCCAGUAGUAGUAGUAAUAAUGAAAAAUUUGAAUUAUGGUACGAUCAACAAGAUCAGCAAGAAGAAAAUGAUCUUAUUAUUAUGUAA